AUGGCUGACAUUGAAGAACCUCCAAUAGAGAACCCAGAGGAGGAAAAACCGCCAUCAGCAAAUCAAGAUGAGCUUGCGUCCCCCAGCUCUGAAGCUGCUGGACAAUCCCAACUUGACUCUCCUUCCAAGCUUCCAGGCCCUGAUUCUCCAACUGACACUCAUCUUCUCAGCGGCGAAAAUUUCGAAAACCCAGAUCUCCUUGCUGACGGUGAAAAUCCUAACAGCGACCCUAGAAUUAUUGAAGAAAACAAAGAAGAUCUCCCAGACGACCAAUUCGAGAUCUACAAUGAAGAAGAAAAAAGUCCUCAAACCAAAGCAAUAAUUCCUACCAAUAUGUGCAUUGAAUGGAUCAAGCUGAAAAUAGAGCUUGAUGAAUACACCCCAGAGCUAUGGAGAGACGAAUAUAAUGAAAUUGUGAACGAUUUUCUUGGCUGCAUGCAUUUUUUCUAAUUUUUAGAUGCUCUGCGAUAAUUUUUGACAGUCAGAUAUUUAAAUUUAUCAACAAAAAAAACUGGGCAAUUUUUCUAAUAGUAAAAAUUAUACACAAAUUUUCUCAAUGAAGAACAAAUAGCUAAACUUUUCUUUUGGACUGAUGAAUCCAAUGGUUUACAAGUUUCUAAUAUAAAUCCUCCACAGCUAGCCAAAGAGUCCAACGGUUUUGUGUACUUUAUUAAGCCUCCAAAUAUUCCAGAAAAAAUCACCGCAGGAAAUAUAGAUAAAUAUUUGCUUGUAGGGACUGUGGAUAAGCCUAUAUUAGAUGCACUGCUGGAGUAUAUGAAUAUUAGCUUUGUCCCGCUUAUAAAAAGGGAACAGAAGUGGCCUGAAUCAGUUAAAAAAGAAUUUUUGAACAAUUUGCAUAGUUUUAUGGGAAAUAUUACUGAGAUUUCACAUCAACAGAAGGGUAGCACCAUUUUGUACAUCCCCAAUGAAGAAAUUGCAGACCCAGAAUAUGCAGCAAAGGAUAAGGAUUUAGUGCACAGACUGGAGUCGACACUCAUAAGAUGGACACGACAAAUAAGAGAUGUGGUCAAUAAUCAGGACUCCCAGCAGGAAAAUGAAAAUGCAGGGCCACUGGACGAAAUCCACCAUUGGAAUUUGAGGACAGGGAAUUUAUCAAGAAUUAAUGACCAAUUAAAUAUUUUUAUUAAAAUAAGUUACUAUGAGAAUAAUAUAUGCUAACUCCCCCCCCCCCUCCGUGAGCGAACAAAACCAUUAGAAAAAUCGCCAUUUUUUGACCAAAAACCCACCCUCCGUGAGUGAACAAAAAUUUUUUUAAUAGAAAAAAUUUUAAUGGAAAAAAAUUUUGAUAUAUAAGUGAUAAUUAGUAUAAUGAAAUCUAGAGCUAAUUCUGUUUAAUUUUAAACAAAUUGCGUUUUAAAACAUAAAUUUUGCAAAUUAAAUUAAUAUUUGCUUCCCAAUUUUUGCAAAUUAGGAUUGUUUUUAAAUUUCGAAAAAAAUAUUUUUUAUAAAAUUUAUAUAUAAAUUUUUUUUAAAAAAAAAAAAAUUAACCCCCCUCCGUGAGUGAACAAAAAUUUUUUUGUUCGCUCACGGAGGGGGGGGGGGGAGUAAAAACUGUUUUUAGCAGGAAAUUGGGUAUGGUAAAGAUAAUAAAAUUGUGGAAAUUUAUUAUCUAAAUUAUAAACCUGAUCUGCAAAAAGUGAUCAGAGUAUUAAGAGCUGCAGAUUCUUCUUAUUUAAAAAGAUUUGAUGAACUUGCGUCACAGAUCAAUGAAGGUGCCAAAGAAGCUGAAGACAAUUUAAACCAUUUGAAAACACUUGCAGACCCUUGCAAGCUGCUAGGGCAAGCCAGACCUAAAGAAAUCCCGAAGCUGAUCCCAGAUUUGUUGAACAGAGUAAAGGUGAUUUUUUACAAUUCUUCUUAUUAUAAUACACACAAUUAAAAUGGUGAGCCACCCGACCCGUCCUUCUCCUGUACCCUCAGGGAUCACGGGAUUAAGAAGUAAACGGGGCCUGGGUAUUGUGUCCAGGGUGGGUUUUUUACCUUGGUCGGGACACCACGACAAGGUUUUUUACCUCUCACAAAGACAAGAAGACCAGAGCCGAUGUAUCAGGAGUCAAACUUUCAGGACUAGAAGGGAAGUGAGGAAGAUCUUUAUGUGGGGAGCUUCGGGGACCUGAAGGAGACUCCGGGAGGUUACUUUUCUCCCUCCCCGGAAAGGACGGCGCCGGGUCACUAGACCCCUGAUCAAGGAGUACCUGGGUGAGUCUCCCUGUUAGCUGGCGACGUCACCAUUUUUUGGUGACGUCGACAAAAAAUGGAGUGAGCUACAGAGCCGGUGCAUAGGGCGCAAGCCUGAAGCUGGCAGCGCUGGGUAGAGGCUGAAAUAAACCUCCGAGACCCGCUAGAGUUAAUUAAUCUAAUCUAAUCUAAUCUUAUUAUAAUACCAUUUCUGCAUAUUUUACCUAAAAAAUAGCAUUUUUUAAAUAAUAAAUUUCCUAAAAAAUUGCCUUAUAAUACACCAGACAGAAUUACUAAUUUAUUCAGGAAAAUUUCUAAUGAAAUCAUCAACAGGUGCAUUUCUAUCAUCGACAUCAAUGAUAUGCUAGGAAACGACGUCAACAAAUGCAAAGCAGACCUACGAGAAAGCAAAGAAUGCGGGGCGGCCUGAAAAUCUUUAUUUGAAGUCGCCUUUGAAAGCCCAGACUCCACUGAAAAAAAGCUGACCUACAAUAAAGGGUCUAUUUUCUCUCAAGUCGAUGCCUUCGUCCAACGCUGUGUAGACCUCAAACAGAUUUGCAAAGGACAGCUCCAGUUCGCCAGAAAAGACGUAGAAGGUCAAGUCCUCCCCUUAUUCGGUGGCACUCGUGGCCGUGAAAUCACCGAAAACAUCCUUGAAAUAGAAAAAUCUUUUAAUAAACAAAUAGACCGUAUCCAGACCUUAGGCUACAACAUUCUUGAGGUAAAGAACACCAAAUGGCAUGGUGACUAUAACAAAUUUAAGCUGAAAAUGAAGCAUUUAGAAAACAUGUACAAAAAUAUCAUUGAUUUCGCCUUCCAAGGGAUGACAAAUGUGACUCAAGGCGUAGAGCUGCUUGAGGCCUUUGACUCGUUGGCGAAGCGAAAAGCGAUCAGACAGCAUGUGCAGAAGAAGGCAAUUGACGUGUUUGAAAGGUUUAGGGUUGACUUAGAUUUGACGAAAAAAGAGUAUGAUAAUAGAAAUGAGCCGCCUCUUGCAACUUAUCAUCCGAAAUUCGGUGGGUCUGCUCUUUGGUUCAGGUCUCUUAUAUUCUGUAUUAUACUGGCUAAAUAUUUUUAUAAUUAAAUAUUUCUAUUCAGUAUACACCAGGAUAUAUCAUUUUAUAUUGAAUUUUUUAUUUUUUUAAAUUAUAUUAGGAAUUUUUAUUAUUUUUUUAUAAAAAUAUAUCAAGAAUUAUCAAGCAAAAAGCCAAACUUGACCAACUGACCUUUAUAGAUGACGAAGCUGUGCUUAAAAAGAAAGAAGAAAUUUACAAGAAGUUUGAAGACACCCAUGAUAGACUUAAAGGCUUCAUUUCAGGAACUUUAUAUAAGCAAUGGACUGACGAAAUCAAAGAAAUGAGCGCAGAAGGCUUACAAAAAAGAAUGAAACGUAGAGUUUUCGCCAAAGAAGGAGAAGGUGGUGAGCAUAUCCCAGGACUUGAUCCAAAACUGCUGAGGAGAAACAAGCAAGGAGCUCUUACAAGUGAUUUCGAUAAAGGACUGAUGAAGCUUGUAGCUGAGGUAAAAUGCUGGGAAAAAUUGCAGUCAUUUGGUAUUAUUCCUUUUAUAUUGAUUUAAUAACAAUAUUUUCUAUUAUUAAAUAACCAUUACCAUGCCCAUUUUAGCAUAUAAUUCCUUUUGAAGUGAGUGAAGUUGCCAGCUACAGAGAAGAGUUCCGAAUCAUUAAAGAAAACGUCCUUUUGGUGGUCAGAGAUUACAACAGCAUUAUGAACGUCCUUGACGACGAUGAAAAAAAGCUCUUUGAUUUCCACAUAAAUUACCUCAACAAUAAGCUAAAACCAGGCUGGACCAAAGUUAUUGACUGGAAUAAAAAACAAAUCGUGGACUCUACCAUCAAAGAUUGGAGACGGCAAUGCACUGAAUGUCUGGAUAAAGUCUAUAAAUAUAAGUCAAAUACAGAAAAACUGUAUAAAAAAUGUGAGGAAAUUGGAGAAAUCCAACUUUUGCAUUUAAAUAGAAAACAGUUCAAUGAAAUUGAUGUAUUUGAAGAGCAGCAAAAUGGCCAUUUAGAACAAGUCAAACCAAAAAUCCAAACAAUCUGCAGUGAAAUGAUGGCGAUCAUAAUGGACACCUAUGACAUUUUUAACCCAACCGCCGACUUAAAGUUCCAAUCCCAAAACCAGUCUAUGGAAACAGUCUACUCCCAAUGGCAAGUCUACCUCCAACAAAUUGACAAAAAGCUUGAAGAGUCCCUUAAGCGUGCUGUCAAACAUUCCUUAAGCGAAAUGAACAAAGCUAUCAACGGAGACUCCAAAAAUGAGCCAAACCCAGUGUUUCUCCUACACGUUACCCUUGAUGAACAUAAGCAGAAGACUGAUUUUAGGCCUUUAAGAGAGACUAUGAAAGAAAUGAUAUUCAGGGUACUAAAUAGGAUCAUUGAUAUCAAUAAAUUUGUGACGAAAACCCAAGAACUGUUUUCACAGCAGAGGCAGCUUUUUGCACAAAAGGUCGAUAAAUUGACGCCGAAUGCUGUUUUAGCACAAGCUAUGCUGGGAGAGCCUAAAAGAGAAGAGUCUUUGUUAAAAGUGACUGAAGAGAUUAAAGAUGACGAAGAUGAAAAAUGUGUCCCAUCUUUUAAAAAGGAUAAAGAAAUAGGCUGUUUAUAGAAAGAAAAAUAUUUUUUACUAUAAAAAAUUUAUAUAUAAAAAAAGUCCCAAAAGAAAUCGCAAGUGUAAUGAAAAGCAUCUCAAAAGGCAUCGAAAAAUGCAAUGUCAAGCUGGACGACAACCUGAAAAACUGGAUGCGUGAGCACUAUACCAAAGUCUGGGAAAAGUCAAAAACUCUCUUUUUGAAGCGUAAAAAAGACCAAAGACCAGACGCAUCCAGCUUUGAAGAAGACAUAAAGCAUUAUAAUGAAGUCAUUGGAGAUGUAAACAGCAGCGCUACAAGUGAAGCUGUUUUCUUUGUAAUGGUUGACAAUACAGAUAUCCAGCAUAUUAUUACAAAAUACUGCACAGAUUGGAUUAAUUCUACAACAGACCUUGUAAAUGAAAUUGCUGGGGCGAGGAUUUUAUGAAAGAAAAUUCCUCAGACUGGCAGUGAAUAAAUGGGUUUGCUAAUUUUUAAAUAGAAAAUUUCUCACAAAUAGCCUUUAAAAUAAAAAAUAAUGGUGCGAAAUUGCUAGAGAAGAACUUAAUGCCCUCUACGACCUUUUCGAAAAAAGUACCAAAGAGCUUGGAGUCUACCCAGCCGAUAUUUUCCAUCUAAAAAGAUCUAGGGACAGACUUAAAGAGCUCGAAGGAAAAGUGGCCCAAAUCCAAAAAGAAAUUCCCCCAAUAAAGUCUAAAUAUGAGCUUCUUGACAAAUAUGACGUCCAGUACCCACAAGAUGAAGGGCUAAGACUGAUAGAGCUAGAUGAAAAAUUCGAGUCUUGGAAAGAAAUGCUUCAGCAGUCAUCAGUGAAGCUAGAAAAAUCAUCAAGAGAGUUCGAAAAAGAAGUGCACAAGUCCUGGAAAGACUAUGAAAAAGCAGUCGAAGAGUCUUAUAAUGAGUUUAAACAGAGUGCACCAUUUAUUCCACACAAAAUUAAAUAGUAACUAAUAUUAAUAAUACCUAUUUUCUAUAUAUAAAAUAUCCAGAAAAUUCAUUCAAAUUAAUCAUAACAUUGACAACAUGUCAAACUCCCACGCCAAAAAAAUCACAAAAGAAUUCAAGAACCGCCUUGCAGGUCUUAAAGAGCGUGAAGAAAGCAUGCAAUUUGGCAUCAAAUUAUUCGAAAUUUCUUCAUACACCCCUGGCUCUAUUUCAGUCAUGGAAAAAGAGCUUGAACUGCUUGACGAAGUCUGGGAUUUGAAAGGCAGAUGGGACGAACAGUGGAAUUCGUGGAAAACUACCAGCUUUUAUAGCCUAAAUGUGGCAGCAAUGACUGAAGUAGGUAAUGAGUUUAUUGAGAGCUUAAAAGAAUUAUUUAAAGUUAUAAUGAAUAGGAGAAAUAUAUGCUUUAUUAGAAUAAAUGCAUUAUAUAGGGAAAAAAUAUAGAAAAAGACAUUAAACAAUGGGGAGUUUGGAACUAUCUGAAUUCCAGCCUUAACGUAUUUUUAAAUACUAUGCCACUUAUAAGGCAGCUCUCCCACAAAGCGAUUCAAGAUAGGCAUUGGGAUGAGCUUAAAGCAGAAAUCAAGCAGCAGUUCAACCAAAAAGCGCCAGACUUUACUAUGGAGACUAUAUGGCAGUACAACUUGCACCAAUACGGAGACUAUAUAGCAGAUCUAUUUUUGAGGGCUCAGCAGCAGUUAGGAAUUUAUGACACUAUUAGGCAGAUUGACGAAGCCUGGAAAAGAAUGAAUUUAGAAGUCAUCAUAUAUCUCAUAAACCACAGAAAAUACUUAUUUUUUAUAUUAUGUAAAUAGUACAAUAAUCAGUAUAAAAUAGAAUAUAAAGAAAAUUACUUAAAACUAAGAAGCACUGAUGAGAUUUUCCAAGUCCUUGAAGAAAAUAUUGUAGCAUUGAGCUCAAUGAAAUCCCAGGUCCACUCAGAGCCGUUCCAAGACGAAAUUGCCCGGUGGGAGUUUACCCUCAGCCAAAUUAAUGAUACUAUUGAUGUACUUUUGCAAGUCCAAAGGCAAUGGCUUUAUUUAGAGUCCAUUUUUGUAGGAAAAGACCAAGAAGAAUUUUCGAAAAAACAGCUGGCUUCAGAAAGAAGCGAUUUUAUGAGGGCAAAUGACAGGUUUAUGGAAGAAAUGAAAAGGAUUGAAAAUGACCCAAAUGCCAAAAAGGCGCUUUGCCAUCCUGGAUUUUAUGAUACUUUAGCUGAUUUAAAUAACUUGUUAGAUAAGGUGAAAAAAGGACUAGACCAGUUCUUGUCAAUGGAAAGAAGCAAGUUCCCCAGAUUUUAUUUCUUAUCUGAUGACGAUUUAUUGAAUAUCCUCGGACAAGGCAAAAACCCUAAAGAAAUCCAACAUCACAUUAAAAAACUUUUUGAAGGGAUUAAGCAGCUAGAAAUGUCUGACUCCUACAAAAGACCAGAACCAGGAGAAAGAGGGAAUAGGGCACAAAAAGUCAAUGAAAUCAUAGGAAUGAUUGCAGCUGACACUGAACUUGUGAAGCUUGAAAUAAAAGUAACUGCUGAAGGAGAAGUGGAACAAUGGCUUGAACAGCUUGAAAAAUCAAUGCAAAUUACUUUGAAAAAACUGUUGAAUAAAUGCUACUUGAAAACAGCUGGAAAAGAAAAGAAACAGUGGAUACAAAAUUGGCCUGGGCAGCUUGUGCUGACUUCUGCUCAGAUUAAAUGGACACAGGACACGAAAGCUUCACUUAUUAAGUAUCAGAGUGACACUGAAAAGAAGAAUCCAUUGAAAGACCAAUUAAGGCUGCAAAAAAGAUAUAUAAAGAAGCUUGUAGAUUAUGUGAGAGAGCCUAAAGAUGAAAUUGAUAGAAAUAAGCUUGUAGCUUUAAUUACUUUGGAGCAGCAUGCAAGAGAAGUCUUAUUCCUUUGAAUUUUCAAUAAUUUUUGAUUAAUUUUUAUUUAUAUUUUUUUAUUUAUUUUUUUUUUAUUAUUUUUUUUAUUUUUAAUUAUUUAUUAUUUUUUUAUUAUUUUUUAUUAUUUUUUUUAUUUAAAAUUCCAAUUAUAUUUACUAUUUAAAUAAGAAAGAUUUAGUUAAACUUAUUGACAAAAAUAUUGCAUCUCCUAACGACUUCGAAUGGAUCCAACAACUUAGAUUCGAAAAAGAAACCAAGCCAGAACUGGACGAAUGAAUUUGCACAGUAAACCAAACCAACACCUGCUUCGAAUAUGGCUACGAAUACCAAGGCAACAACGGACGACUCGUCGUAACCCCUCUGACUGACAGAUGCUACAUGACCUUAACCACCGCCCUUCACAUGAAAAGAGGAGGUGCUCCACAAGGCCCCGCAGGCACAGGCAAGACAGAAACUGUCAAAGACUUAGGCAAAAACAUGGCGAAAUUUGUUAUUGUCAUCAACUGUUCAGAAUCUCUCGAUUUUUCAAGCUUGGCAAGACUUUUCUCUGGCUUUGCCCAGUCUGGAGCUUGGGGCUGUUUAGAUGAGUUUAAUCGUAUUGAGGUAGAAGUGCUCAGUGUGGUUGCCCAGCAGAUUUCUAGGAUACAAAUGGCUAUUAAAGAGAAUAGAAAACAGUUCAUGUUUGAAGGGUCCACUAUAUCACUUAACCCAAGCUGCGGUAUUUUUGUGACGAUGAAUCCUAAUUAUGCAGGAAGAUCUGAACUUCCUGACAACUUGAAGUCGCUAUUCAGGCCAAUUUCUAUGAUGGCGGCUGACUUGCAGUUGAUUUCUGAAAUUAUGCUGCUUUCUGAAGGCUUUGAAGAAGGAGGAAUUCUAACUCAUAAUAUUAAAAUAAAAAUUUUUGGCGUUUUUAAUAAAAAUUAUGCAUUAUUUUUUUUUAUAAAAAAUUAUUAUUUUUAAAUUUUUUUUAAAAAAAUUUCUAUAAGGAGUAAGUAAAAAAAUGGUGACUCUUUAUUCCUUAAUGGUCCAGCAGCUUUCCAAACAAGACCACUACGACUUUGGUAUGAGAGCUCUUAAAUCAGUCCUCACCUUAGCAGGCGGUAUGAAGCGUGAGCGUCCUACAGAAGACGAAAAAAUGCUGUUAAUGAAAGCUCUCUACGACAUGAACAUGCCCAAACUCGUCACCGAAGAUGUCGAUCUUUUCUUAGCCUUACUUACAGGCAUUUUUUCAGGCGUUGAGCUCCCAGAAACCGAAAACACAAUCUUGAAAAACGAAGUCAUCGCAGAACUCGAAAGAAAUGGCCUUAUCCCUACAGAACUUAUAGUAAAAAAAUGCUUACAGCUAUACGACAGUAAGCGAACCAGGCACGGAAACAUGCUUGUCGGCGCCGCAUUAUCAGGCAAAAGCACUAUCUGGAAAACCUUAAAACAAGCCUUAUGCAACUUAUCCAAAGCUAACACUCCAGGGUAUAUUGUAGUAAAAAAUCGUGUAUUAAACCCUAAAUCAAUUACCUUAAAAGAGCUUUAUGGCUGGUACGACAGCGCUAAUGAGUGGCAUGACGGGAUUUUGUCUAAAACAAUGAAAGAAAUGUGCGAAGAAGAAGGAAACGACCUAAGAUGGCUUAUUUUGGACGGACCAAUUGAUACUAAAUGGAUAGAAAGCAUGAACUCAGUCCUCGACGAUAACAAAUUAUUAACCUUGGUAAACGGAGACAGAAUUUCGUUACCCCCUAAUGUCAGACUUCUUUAUGAAGUCGAAAACUUAGCAGUCGCCAGCCCCGCCACCGUUUCCAGAGCUGGUAUGAUAUACAUUGACGUCAAAGAGCACGGCCAUAUGCCUUACUUCCAGUCAUGGCUUAAGAAAAAAGACCCAGAAAUCGCUAAUUUCCUUAACGAAAUGUUCACAAAAUACGCUGUAAAAGUAAUGGAAUGCAAAAGAGUCAAAUGUGCUGAACCAGUCCAAACUAAUGUGAUUAACUCUGUAAUUGCCCUGACUAAUGUAUAUGAUGCUUUUGCAACUGGGGCUGAUUUAGAUAAAAAUGAUGACGCGUAUUGGCUACUAUUGGAAAAAUGGUUUGUGUUUUCGCUGGUUUGGAGUAUUGGGGCGACUGUUGAUGAACAAGGGAGAGAUACGAUUGAUACAUGUAUAAGAGAUAUUGAGAGUGGAUUUCCGCACUCAGGGUAUAUUUAUGAUUAUUAUGUGAAUAUUGAGAAAAAGGAGUGGGUUAACUGGGCUGAAAGACUGUCAGCUAAGCCGACAAUAACUCAGGGGACUGCGUUUAGUAGGAUUUUUAUACCUACUGUGGAUACUUUUAGGAACCUUGAAGUCAUGAAAGGACUUGUCAAAGGCCACCAUCACGUCUUAUCAGUCGGAGGCACAGGCACUGGUAAAACUGUAUUAAUCACCACUGGGCUUCUUGGCACAUUAGACGACUCUUUUACCUUUUUCACUAUAAACUUCUCAGGCCAAACACCUUCAGGUAAAACCCAAGAUAUCAUAGAAACUUCAUUAGAAAAAAGGACGUCCAACAAGCGCGGCCCUCCAGGCAACAAAAGGUGCGUCAUGUUUGUAGACGACCUCAACAUGCCACGAAAAGACGAAUUUGGGUCACAACCUCCAUUAGAAUUGCUGAGAGAAUGGGCUGACUAUGGAUACUGGUAUGACAGGCAAAAACAGUCAAUUUUGUAUAUUCUUGAUCUCCAGAUGGUAGCUGCUAUGGGACCUCCAGGCGGUGGGAGAGCUGUGGUUUCUCAACGAAUUUUGGGACAUUUUAAUACUAUCAAUUUUACAGCGCCUAAUGAGUCACAAAUGAGAAGGAUUUACAAUACCCUGAAAUAGAUAAAUAAAACCUUGUUCUCCUUAGUGAUUAUCUAUUUUUUAUAUAAAUCGAGCUAUUUUAUCUUAUAAAUUAUGCUGUAUUGUAUAAUAUUAUAUACAAUUAUUUCUCACCAUUUGUCAGAUUUUGAUGACGAAGUCAAAUCUUUGGCUGAGAUGUUCACCCAAUGCACAAUUAAUCUUUAUAACAAAGUCAGAGAUAUUUUCUUGCCAACUCCUAAUAAGUCACAUUAUGUGUUCAAUAUGAGAGAUAUUUCUCGUGUUUUCCAAGGAAUGUAUAGAGCUGAUAAAAAUUUCCACGAUUCUAAAGAGUCUUUAGUAAAGCUAUGGGUUCAUGAAUGCUUAAGAAUUUUCCAUGAUAGGCUUGUUAAUUAUGAGGAUCAAAAUGUUUUCAAUAGGGCUUAAAAUAAUUUUAUUAUUUCCUAAUUGUAGAGAAUAAUAAUUUUAAUAGCACAAUAAUUAUCAUAUUUUCUCUUAAAAAUCAGGUUUUUUUUAUAUAAAAUAGAUUAUAAAUUUAGAAAUAAAUAUAUAUAUUUUUUUAAAAAAAUCAAAAAUAUUGGUAAGAUAUUUUAUUUUCAAACAAAUGAUUGAAGAGCAGCUAGGAGCUGGCUUUGCUAUGAACUAUCAGCAGUGCUGCUUAGCUAUCCCUGAUGGAGAAAAUACCAAUUAUCUUGACCCUGUUUUUAUUGAUGAAAACUUAAGACCAGAUGGUGUAAAUGUAUAUGACGCAGUAGACAGCCAAGAGACACUGAGAAAUACCUUGGAUUCUAAGCUGCUUGAUUAUAACACAACUCCUAAGCACUUGUCUAUGAACUUGGUGCUCUUCAAAGAAGCCAUUUUUUACCUUUGCAGAAUUCAUAGAGUAUUAAAGCAAGAAUCAGGACAUGCUUUAUUGGUAGGUGUUGGUGGUAGUGGCAGACACUCUUUGACAAGGCUUGCAACUUUUGUAGCAGGGUAUGAGUUGGUGCAAUUAGAAAUUAAUAAAAAUUAUAAAAUCAAUGAAUUCCGAGAAGACAUCAAAAAAAUGAAAGCUACCACAGGCAUCGAUAACAAAUCCUUAGUAUUCUUAUUCUCAGAUAAUGACAUCGUUAAUGAAAUUUUCUUAGAAGACGUCAAUAACAUUUUAUCAUCAGGAGAAGUCCCCAAUAUCUACACUAACGAUGAGCUAAAAGAAAUCAGAGAAUCCAUGAAAAAGCACGCGAAACUCCAAAAACGAGCUGAAACCCCAGAUUCCCUUUAUAAUCUCUUCGUAGAGCGAGUAAGGCAUAAUCUUCACAUCUGUUUCUGCAUAUCUCCUGUAGGUGCCCAGUUCCGUGACUACUGCAGAGUUUACCCUGCCUUAAUUAACAACACUACUAUAAACUGGUUCAUGCCAUGGCCUCAAGACGCCUUAUACGAAGUCGCUAGAAAAUAUACUACCGAACAAUUAGAAUUUAAAGACAACAUAAAGCUCGCUAUUGCUGAAGUUUUCUGCCAAAUGCACCUAAAUGUUGCUGAAGCUUCCCAAAAAAUGCAUAAUGAGCUUAAACGACCUACCUAUGUAACCCCUACCCAUUACCUUGACCUGGUCUCAGGCUAUGUCAAUCUACUAAAGAAAAAACAAACAGAAAUCGGAGAUAUGGCAAAUAAGCUUAGAAAUGGUCUUGGAAAGCUAGAAGACGCCAAAACUGAGGUCGAAAAAAUGUCAAAAGAACUAGAAAUCACCAAAACUGAGGUCAGCAAAAAGCAGCAGCAGUGUGAAGACCUCAUGACACAAAUUAACCAAGAACAAAGCAAAGCAGAAAAAGGCCAAAAAGAAAUGGAGCAUAAUAAAGAAGAAAUUGAAAAAGAACAAAAAAGAGUAGAGGCAUUGGCGGCUGAAGCGCAGCUAGAUUUGGAUAAGGCGCUGCCUGCGCUAUUGGAGGCUGAAGCUGCUUUAGAGAAAUUAGAGAAAAAAGAAGUAGCUGAAGUCCGUUCUUAUUCGAAUCCACCAAAGCAGGUAGAGCUGGUGAUGGAAGCAGUGCUUAUCAUUAUGGCCCCUGGAGAAAAACCAUCCUGGGCAAGUGCUAAAAAGGUGCUAAAUGACCCUAACUUUAUAUCAAAUAUCAAGAAUUAUGACAAAGAAAACAUGCCGAAAAAAGUCUUGAAAAAGCUAUCCUUAAUUUCUAUGAAAAAAAUCAUUUUUUUCUAUAAAUAAAAAAUAUACAAAAUAUCUUAAAAAACAGCAUAGAGCCAUACACACAAAAUCCUAAUUUCACUCCUAAAGCUUUAGAAUCUAUCUCAGUAGCUGCUAUGGCCUUAUGCCAAUGGGUGCAUGCCUUAGAAUCCUACUCCAAAACCUUCCAAGAUGUCGAGCCUAAGCGAAAAGUUGUCAUGGCUUAUGAGUCCAACCUUAGAAAAAUGGAGGACAAGCUAGGCGAUUUGGUAGCAAACUUAAAAGAACUAACUGACACUAUAGAAAGCUUAGACAAACAGCUAAAAGAACAAGAGGAUGAACGAAAACAAUAUGAAGAGCAAGCCAAAGACCUGCAGCUUAAGCUGGAAAGAGCAGAAAAACUAGUCUCAGGGCUUGGAAGUGAAAGAAUUAGAUGGGAAAAUUCUUUACUUAAUUAUGAACAAAUGUAUACAAAACUCCCUGGGGACUGUUUGGUAAGUGCAGGGUUUUUAGCAUAUUUAGGACCUUUUACGAAUGUGUAUAGGGAUGAUUUAAUUGAGAAAAAGUGGAUACCAUUGGUCAAAAGAAAACAAAUCCCGAUGACGGCUGAUUUUGAAAUCACGAAAUUUAUGGCGAAGGCUACAGAAGUCAGGGAGUGGAACCAUCAGAAAUUAUUGUAAUUAGGCUAAAUAUAUAAAUGUUUAGAAAAAUAGUUACUAUUCUUAUAUGAAAAUAGGCUAAAAAUAUAUAAAUACAUUAUUUAUACACUGCAAAAAGCUUACCUACUGAUAAGUUUUCUAUUGAAAAUGGUAUUUUAGCCCUGAGAAGCUCAAGGUGGCCACUCAUGAUGGACCCUCAGCAUCAAGCUAAUACUUGGGUUAAAAACCUAGAAAGGUCGCUAAAGGUAUUUAACCCUCAGAAAAAAUACAUGCCUUAUUUAGAAGAAGCUAUUAGAACAGGUCUGCCAUUUUUAUUAGAAGAUGUAGAAGAAGAUAUUGACCCUUCAUUAGACCCUGUCCUGAAAAAAGCAGUCCAGAAAAGAGGAAAAGUCCAAGUAAUGAAGCUUGGGGAUAAAGAAAUCGCAUAUAACCAAAACUUCAGGUUUUUCAUCACCACAAGGAUGCCAAAUCCUCACUACACCCCUGAAAUUUCUACAAAAACGACUCUAGUUAACUUCCAGGUCAGAGAAAAAGGGCUAGAAGACCAGCUGCUUGGACUUCUUGUAGGAAAAGAAGACCAGAAGCUUGAAGAAGACAAAGAUAGGCUAGUUCUUUCAAUUGCUAGCAAUAAUAAAGACCUUAUUCAGCUUGAAGACGAAAUUUUAUCGUCUUUGACUAAAAGCUCAGUUUCCUUGCUUGACGAUGAAAAUUUGAUUUCUUCUUUGCAGUAUGCUUUUUAAGUCCUGUGGACUGAUUAAUUGAUCCCAGCCCCAGGUAAGUGGAUUCCAUGCUUUUAGGAAGUCCAAGAUAGUUUUUGGAUGGUCGGAAUCCCGUUACAGGCUUUUUUCCUUGACCCACAGACUAUAUGCAGAGAGCGCAGUUUCGGUACGCAUAUCUGGAAUGCAAUUUUAUGCCUGUAUCAGGAAAUAGUCUAGAUGGAGGUACUGGGAUGCUUUAUUCAUACCCAGAACACUACCAGAGUUAAGAAAAACGGCGCUGUAAUAUGGGACUCAGGCACAAACAUCGGGUUAUUCUCCCGAGAGACUGGAGAUGUACAAUUUUUUGGUGACGCUGGUGACUAGCCAGAAGCCUGCGUUGGGAUGGCGAGGGCUGAAAUAACCCCUAUCAUACCCUCCCCCCUUUAAAUUGGAGCAAAAUAUCGGUAAAUUAACCCCUCUUAAAUUGGAACAAAUUUAACUUUUUAAAGAAAAAUUUUUUAGGUGAAAUGCUAAAUUUUUAUAUAAAAAGCUUUGACUUUAUUUAAUGGAGGGAGUUCAAGUAAAAUGCUAUAUUUAUUUAUUUAAACUUUUACCGCUGUGUAUUUGUAUCAUAAAAUAUCAUUCAAUAACUGCUAACAAAUUCUUCAACAGCUUCUGCAGCAACCUUAGUAGAACUCCAGAAAGAGCGCCAGCAGCAUCAUCUGAAGCAUCAAUGAUAUUACCCAUUCGAUCCUCCGAUGUGGGCUACCAUUCGAUGCAGACUCUCCCAAUUCACAAGCUCCCAUAAGCUUCAUCAAAUUUCCCCAAUCUCUCAAACUCCUUUUAAAUUUUGGCGCGAAAAUGCGACCUAUUGAAUAAAAAUUAUAAGAAUGUUAUAUAAACCGUCUUGCUCUUCAUAAAAAUCCACUAAAUUUUUAGGUUUUAAAAUAUUUAUAAUUUUUUUUAUAAUGAAAAUUUUUAUAUUUAAUUUUUGUUUCAAAAAAAUUAACCCCUCUUUAAAUCAAAGGGGGGAGGUGAGUAAGACCCGCUAGAACAUAAUCUUAAUCUAAUCUAAUCUUUGCAAUAUGCCAAAAUUAAAGGAGAAAAAGUAAAGCAGGAUCUAGAAGUAGCAGAAUCGACUAUUAGGAAAAUUGACAGUAUGAGAGAAAACUAUAGACCAUGUGCCACUAAAGCUUCAACGCUUUAUUUUGUUAUUUCGAAUUUAAGUUAUGUGGAUCCUAUGUAUCAAUUUUCAUUAGAAAGCUAUUUGGAUUUGUUUAGUGACUCAAUUAUUAAGUCCAAAGAAAAAUUCCCAGUGUGGGACUCUAUUCCAGACCGUAUUAGUAGUCUUGAUAAGUUCCAUAUGAAAGCAUAAAAAUUUUAAAUUUUUUUUAUAAAAAAUAUAUAUAUUUCUAAUCAAAUAAAUCAUAAAAUUAUCAUCAAAAACCUAUUUACCUAGCCAUUAUUAAUAAAAAUUUACAAGCUAUUCAAUAUAUAAAAUAUACAAAAAUAAUAAAAAAUAUUUCCAAUGAAAGCAGUUUACACCACAACUUGCCGCGGUCUCUUUGAAAAGCACAAACUUCUCCUAUCCCUCCAAAUGUGUGUAGAGCUUAAAAAACUUAACGACUCCAUCGCUUUAGACGAAUACAACUUCUUUUUAACAGGCGGAGUUGUGAUUGGUGAUGACCCAGAAAGAGCCCAAAACCCUGAUCCAGAGUGGAUUACUCGUGAAAUGUGGGACAAUAUUACAGAGCUUGAAAGAACAGUCCCUUCAUUCCAAGGUAUCGUCGGGUCAAUGGUUGUAAGUCGCAAAGAAUGGCGUAGCUGGUUCCAGACCUCUGAGCCUGAGCUUGAACAUUUGCCAGGAGAAUGGGACGCAAAGGCAGACGACCUCAGAAAAAUUGUGCUUUUAAGGUGUCUGAGGCCUGACAGAGUCAUUUUUGCAGUAGUUAUGUAUGUUUCGAAAUUCAUGGGCCCUGAAUAUGUAGACCCUCCUGCGUUUAAUCUUGAUGAGGUCUAUAAGGAAUAUUCCAAAUCAAACCAGCCAUUGCUAUUUGUGCUGAGCCCUGGCGUUGACCCUGCUCCAGCUUUGAAUAUUCUUGCUAAUGAUAAAGGAAAACAGCUUGAAGUGAUUCCGCUAGGAAGAGGCCAAGAAAUGAAGUCAGAAAAAGCUAUAAGUGACGCUGCAGAAAAAGGAUAUUGGGUUUUCCUAGCAAAUUGCCAUUUAGCAGUGUCGUGGAUGCCAAGACUAGAAGAAAUCAUAGAAGGGUUUAAUAGGACCCAGCUUCAUGAAGAUUUCAGACUAUGGCUUUCGUCAGACCCACAUCCAAAGUUCCCUAUUUCUGUACUACAGAGAUGUGUAAAAAUGACUACUGAGCCACCUGAUAAUUAAAAUAUGGCGUCUUCGUCUGGGUAUGGCCUUUCGGCCAUACAUACUCGACUCAUAUUUUAAUUAUAUCCGGUAAGGUUUUGCCAUUCCAGAAAUGGGCAACAAUGCCAUGGUAAGCAAUUCUGCAGAGCAGAGCCUGGCUAUGCCCAACGACUAGAAUGGAUUUUCUCCUCGAGAGGAAAGGGUGUCCAAGUUUGGAAAGGGUAAGCCCAGCAGAGUCUACAAGCGAUGCCUAGACUAUUCGGGCGACUACCUAGCGUGAAACUGGGCGUUACGUCCCAGGACUUGGAAUUUCCUUUUUGCCGAAAGGUGACCAGAAAUUCCAUUUUUUGGAAUUUCGGGAAAGCCAACUCUCGUAACCCAAGCAGCAGCCGCAGGAUUCCAUAGCCCGCCCACUCAAGACUUAAGCCGCAGCACGCUGCGGGAAGGAGUAGACGUGUUUCCCUUUGGCAAGUCUUUAUGGCUUGUUGGGCACACGGCGCAAAGCAGGUGAACCUCACAUUGAGGUCCUUGGUGUCUGCGUAAACAACACGGCAGUCGCCUCAUUAAUGUAAUUUAAGAUUAAGAUUAAGACUACUGAGCCACCUAAAGGGAUCCGUGCCAAUAUGCAGAGACUUUAUAACCAAAUUACGACGCAGCAUUAUAAUAGAGUCACAGAUCAGGCUAAAAUAUAUACUUUAUUAUAUUAAUAUUAUAAAAAAAAAGAUGCUGGCGAAGCCAGCAUUAAGGACUAUUUAUAUAGAUGCUGUAUAAGAAGCUGCUUUUCAGCUUAUGCUGGUUCCACGCAAUUUUAGUAGAAAGGAAAAAGUUCAAAAAUAUGGGCUGGAACGUAAUGUAUUCUUUUAAUGACUCUGAUUGGGAAGUCAGUGAAAACAUCUUAGCAAGAUAUUUAGGCAAUAGAGAAGAAGACGGUGAAAAAUUAAUGACUGAGGUAAAAAAUGUCCCAUGGGAAGCAAUCCGUUAUCUUAUUGCAGAAAUUUCAUAUGGAGGCAGAGUUACUGAUGACAGAGAUAGAAGACUCCUAAUGGUUUAUGCAGCUGAAUGUUUUGACCCUAAGAUCUGUGAAAAAGGAAAAUAUAGACUGAUAGAAAACUCACAGAUUUAUUAUAUCCCUGACCCUGAAGAAGUUAAUUAUAAGCCACCUCCUGAUGUGACAAACCCAGCUUACUUCUAUCAGAAAUUCAUCAAGGACUUCCCUAUGGUUGACAAGCCUGAAGCCUUUGGACAGCAUGUGAAUGCACAGAUUGGGUCACAGAUAGGGGAUACUAGAGAUUUAUUAAAUGCCAUUAUGCUACUAUCGCCAAGUACUUCAAGAUCAGGAAGUGAAAGCAUUGAAACCACAGUCCUUACUAUUUGUGCUGAUUUAUUAGAAAAAAUCCCUGAGCCUAUGAACUUAGAAGAUAUCAAAGAAUAUUUUUUUUUUAUUUUUUUUUAUUUAUUUUUUAUUAUUUUUUAUUUUUUUUAAUAAUAACUCAUCAAAGAUAGGUUCAAAUUUGACAAUUCUCCUAUAAAAGUAGUCCUUAUACAAGAAACUUCGCGCUACAACAAACUGUUAAUCUAUAUCAGACAUAUGCUGAAGCAGCUAGAAAAAGGGAUCCAAGGUCUUGUGGUUAUUAGCGAAGAGCUUGAGCAAGUUAUGAUGAGUCUUUAUCAGAACCAAAUUCCUGAAAAAUGGCAAUUUGCUUAUUCUUCUUACCAUAUAAAAAUGGCCAGGAGAACUAAUUUGCCUGCAGCGAGAGAGGCUGAGGACUUUGUGGAAGGGAAAGCAGUAUGCUUUAAGUGUGUCCGGCGGGUUUUACUUGGUCUAGUGGAGCGCAAUGUCGGGCUGACUGACCGCAAGCUCACAUGCAGGGCAAUGUUAGCCCCGAGGGAGGAUGAAACUUGGAAGAUGGAAAGGCAAGUCUAGAGGGAGAGUCCGCAUGGCCAAUCGGCCAUUUACCCAGCGCGAUACAGGAAGUUGCACCUGGGAUAUAAGUUUGGUCAUAGGUCGAUAGCUGACCAGAAACUUCACUUUUGAAUUUUCGAAAAAGGAACGCGUCGACGUACUGCAUGGUAGCCAGCCGUCUUUACCUCCACGUAGCAUGAAAGCCCUCGACCAGAAGGAGGAGCACAAGCCUUAGGCUGUGGAAUCAGACUGGCAAGCAAGGGGGUGGUGCGAAACAAGGGACGUGAAAAGCUUAUUCAAGCUAGCCAGGAGCUUCUCUAUAAUAUAAUCUAAGCUAAGCUAAGCUUAUCCUUCUCACAAGCCAUUAGCUUCUUGGGUGAGAGAUUUAAUAGAAAGAAUUAAGCAGAUCAAGACUUGGUCAGUUUCCCAAGCUCCAGUCAUAUUUUGGAUUUCUGGCUUUACAUAUCCCACUGGUUUUACCACAGCUUUACUCCAACAAGCUGCAGCUGCCAAGCAGUGUUCAAUUGAUUCCUUAUCCCUUGACUUUGCGAUUAUCCCAGGCGAUGAAGCUUCUUUGACGACUCCGCCCAGAGAAGGAGCUUACAUUAAAGGUCUGUUCUUAGAAGGAGCCAAAUGGAAUGUAAAUGAUGGGUGUUUACUAGAGCCAGAGCCUAUGGAGUUAUACUGCCCAAUGCCUGUUAUUCAUUUCAGACCAGUCAAAGAAAAAAAGAAAGGCAAAGGCGUCGUCUAUAAUUGUCCUUGCUACUAUUUCUCUACACGUGAAGGGUCAAGAGAAAGGCCAAGCUUCAUGUUUUAUGUAGACCUAAAGUGCGGAGAACAAAAUGCUGAAUUUUGGAUUAAACGAGGCACAGCGCUGCUAAUGAAUUUAGACUCUUAA